AUGUCGCUUUUUGUUAUUGUCUCGAUGAUUAUGUUCGGAUUUCUUUACGAUUCGCCUCAGUACAUCAUGCAGAAGACAGGAGACCCGGAACAAGCUAGAAAAGCUCUAGCUGCUUAUCACGGAGUCGAUGUUUCUGAUUCUUCGAUCGACACUGAAAUUCGCAUUUGUGAAGAGGCAUUAACGAAGGAGAAGUCCAAAAAAGAGAGGUCAGUAAAUCUCUAUUUGAAUUUAAAAGUAGGAGCUCAUCUAGCAUUUCAGGCGGACCUUGGCGUUAUCGACACUGAGCACAGUUCGCUUGCCAUACUUUUCAUGCCAUGGAAAGCACGUGAUCCGCUGUCCCAGGUAAUUCGUCAUGGAGCCUGGCUAGGCGUGAUGGUCAAGAUAGCUUAUGUAUUCACUGGAGCAAGGUGUAUCCGCGCAUAUACAACAUUCAUUCUCUACUCAAUGGCUGGUUGGUCACACAAAGCUGCACUAUUUGAGUCGCUGAUGAUAGGUAAACGUGCUAUUAAAAAUUUUUCAAAAGCACUAGUAAGAUGCUGA